UGAUCGACAGCUCAAAUGCCUAAUAGGGAGUUUAUAACGGGUCUGAUGAACCCGCCCAAAGGCAAUUAAGGGUAAAGAACGAAAAACUUCAUACAGUAAAACUUUUUGUUGAAUGUCAGUGUGUGCGACGUAGUAUGAAUGUAAAAUUCAACGCCUAUUUAUUACUGCACGUGAAAGCGUUUGGAUUUUGAGCGCGAUCGGCCGGUCGGAUAUGGACGAUAGACGUUCGUGAGAUGAAGUUAUUAUAACCGACUGUCAAGGAAAUCGCAACGAAUCUGCUGGGAAGAAAAAAGUUACAUAAAGAGAUGCAAGGCGGAGAUAAGACAACGAUCCAGGCAAACGUGAUCCUUAAAUGACGCUCUGAAUAUUAACUUUCCGUCUUUAUUUCAUUACACUUGAACUUGAACGCGCACGGAGGAUUUCUGGAAAAGGUUGAUGAUUUCCCACGAGUUUUAGAGCUCAACUCAACUCUUCAUCUCAGAGGAGUCUACGGGACCGGGUGAUUUAUAAGUUGCCGGUGUGGGUGACACUUUUGUCGGAGUGGAGAGAUGGGGGCCGCGCCGGGCUCGGGAUGGGAGGAGGGAGAGUUCGAGUUUAAACUUGUGUUCGAGGAGGAUCCGCCGAGCCAGAACCGCUGCGGCCCGCAGGACUGCACUGAGAGCGGCCAGCAUCAUCAUGAGUCAACCGGCAUCAGCGAGACCAACAUGACUAACACAAUGUCUGGUCAACCGGUGGGCAUCCCUCUGCCCUCUCCAUCAGCCGGUCACAGGGCAGGGAUGCACUCUCCACCACCCAGACGGGCUUUAGUCAGAGACAUCAGUGGCACAUAUGAGAGUCUGCCAGCCAGAUCAAUACAGGUAUCCGAGUCGAAAGUGCUGGAGUGCCCCAGCAUCCAGAUCACCACAAUCUCCCCCGAAGAUGAUUCAGUCCCAGGAGGAGGAAGUUACUGGGACAGUGGCGGUGGCUGGGACAGGGAACGUCUAUACCUGCCCCUGCUAGACUCUUACCGUGAUGUCAUGACAGGUGCAGGAUCCUUGAGUCCCACCCCCAGCCCUGCAUCCAGUUCCUCAUCUCGUGGAUGGCUGAGUCCAGCUUCCAGCUGCGAUUCCCUGCUGGUGGAGGAGGAGGAGCUUAAUGACGCAGCCGCCCACUUCUGCCUAUCGCCCUCCUCGCGUCCCACUUCACCCGGGGGCAAAAAGCGCAGGAACUCCCCACUGGCCUCCCCCAACACCUCCCGCAGAAGCAGCUACUCUGAGGAUCCCACCUCUCUGCCCGACACAGGAGAAACCUCAACUCAGGCACCAACAAGCUGUGAUCUCAACAUCCCACAGAAAACCAGGAAGACCUCUGUGGAACAGGUAUCAUCCCGAGAAAUUGAUCCAGAGUCGACCCCCAUUCCAAACUCUCCUUGCCCCCUCCCAGAGGUUUCUCAGAUGAGGAGGGAGCCCCCUACAAUAGGCAUGGAUUACCUAUCGGUGCCCCCUGCUCUGGGCUGGGGAAGAACCAGGGCCAGCGCACACAGUCCAAUUUUUAGGUCUAAUGCACUGCCACCGCUGGAUUGGCCCCUGCCUUCACAGUUCGACCAGUAUGAGCUGCGCAUAGAGGUGCAGCCACGACCACAUCAUCGGGCUCAUUAUGAAACCGAGGGCAGUCGGGGAGCAGUGAAAGCAUCACCUGGAGGUCAUCCAGUUGUGAAGCUCACGGGUUACACCGAGAGACAGCCGCUCUCCUUACAGGUGUUUGUAGGAACCGCUGACGACCGGUCAAUAAGGCCUCAUCCGUUCUAUCAAAUACACAGAGUGACAGGAAAGAUGGUGGGCACUGCCAGUCAGGAGAGCAUCCAGGCUGGCACCAAACUGCUGGACAUCCCCCUCAACCCCGAAAACAACAUGAUUGCCCUUAUUGACUGUGCAGGUAUCCUAAAGCUGAGGAACUCCGACAUUGAGCUCAGGAAAGGAGAGACGGACGUAGGGAGAAAAAACACGCGAGUGCGUUUGGUGUUUCGCACGCACCUGCCCCUGCCUCCGCCCAUCGUCCCACCAGGGCGAGUGUUAGCCCUGCAAGUGGCCUCUUUACCCAUUGAAUGCUGUGAGUGUAACAAGUCAUUAUCCACGCCCAUUGCACAGCGCUCUGCACAAGAGCUUCCAGUAGUGGAGUCUGUCAGUCUCAAUUCCUGCUCAGCUGAAGGAGGGGAGGAGCUUAUACUGGGUGGGACAAACUUCCUGCCCAACUCCAGAGUUUUCUUUAUGGAGAGAGGUUCAGAUGGCAAAGUCCAGUGGGAGGAAGAGGCUCAUGUAGACAGGGACAAAAGCAAUGAGCGUUUGUUGUGUGUACGAGUGCCGGCCUACAAUGAUCUUUCCCUGAGUCACCCGGUGUCCGUCUGCUUAUAUGUGUCCAAUGGGAAACGCAAGAGGAGCAGCACGCACUGUUUUAAAUAUCUUCCCAUCAUGUUUAAAGAAGAAGAUCCCCUCAUGUCCCGCCCCACCCACUUACCACUGGAAGGGGUGACGCUUUGCCCCAUAGGGAGCGGUGGUGUAGCAGACAGGGGUUUACAUGUGAGGCCAGAUCUUUCCAUAGACGACAGAAACAUGUCCUUCCACCUCCCUCCGUAUUCCAGCGAUUACUCCCCCUCGCAUGCUUACCAGGAUGAGUACUGCCGUAAACCGGAUGUCCCAGAGGACAGCGGGGGUCGAGGUGCCCUGACCGAAAGGCAUCCCAGCUUCGAGAGCCUUGAACUGGGCUUCACUGAGCUUCUUCCUCCCAUGUACCCAAGAGUCUCGCAGCCUCUUUCCCCCUCACCGUCUCAAUCCCCCUGGCUGGACUCCCCCUACCUAUCCUCAUCACCGUCUCCCUCACACUCCUGCUCUUUGAGUCCAUAUCCCGCAAGCAGCCCUAUCUCCGGCUCGCCGCUUCCUCCGCUCGCUCAUUCCCCGUAUCCUCAGGGCCCACAAGACAUGUGCUCCUCGCCUCCGUUAAACAAUGUCCAAUAUCAGGAUCUGUGUCCACCGCCGUACAGCCACUAUGAUGGCUGGGACCACCAAAUGCGACCCUCGUGUGAAAGAGAUGGUCUGAAGCUGGAGGGUCACCCUGACUUUACAGGACCUUCAUCGAUGCAACAUAUCACAUUGGAGGAAGUGAAUGAAUUUAUCGGAGAGGACAUCAGAUCAUUUCAGAUGGGGCAACACAUGGACAGCAGACCUGGUUGACAACAUCCUCUCUGUUAUAGUCCAAUAAUAAUCAGUGUAUAGUUAACAGCAUAUCAAUCUGUGUAUGAUUUCAUAUUUGAAAUAUAAUGUAUUGCUAAAAUACGGCAAUAAUAUUGAGGACUAAGUAAUGGAUUUGUGGGAUAACACAAAGGUGGGUAAAGUUGUAAGUAUGUUUAUAUGUAACUGUCAUGGCUUCCUGACUGCGUAUCUGAAUGAAACUAAUGUUUUAAUCUGUAUGCAGAAUAAAUUAUCAUUAUAUCAUU